AUGUCCACGCCAACUGCCAUGGCAGCAGGAGCACAGAACCAGUCCGUGGCAGCCGCAGCCGCGGGAUUCUCCACCAGCGUCAGCGCCGUGCUAUCCGUAUUCGUUAUUCUCUUCAUCUUCCUCUUCUUCUUCGUUAUGGUCAUCCGCGCGUGCCUCCUGGUGCUGAACGCACGCGACUCUCCUGGACCGCAUGAUCGCACACUCACCUUAGAAGAGCACAUGCUGCGUCGCACGCAACUCAGCGCGAUGCAAAAAGCACCGACGGCAGGACUCGAUCCCAAGAUCGUUCAGGCGCUGCCGACUGUUACUUUCUCCCGCGAAAAGCUUCGCGAAGGCUGCUGCGAAAGCUUUCGCGAGUGUGCGGUGUGCCUUGGCGAGUACGAGGACGGGGAAUGUAUAAAGACGCUGCCCUCCUGCGGACAUAGAUUUCACGCGACAUGUAUCGACAUAUGGUUUUGCGCGCAUACCACGUGUCCCAUCUGCCGCUUCAACCUGAAACCCCCGAAACUCCCGGCCCAGCAAGAAGACUCUCAAGGUCCGGCGACGGAUGCAGGCGAUCCAGGCGAUGCAAGCGAGAGACUUGCGACGCCUAACGACGAGGAGGAUCCGUCGGCAACAGUGAGUGAGACAACAGCGGAUAGUGUUAGCAUUCAGGUCGAAAUUGUUGAUAAUUCCCAGGAGCAGCACGAAAUUGUAGACAAUUUUCAGCGGCAGCAUGAAAUUGUAGAAAUGGAUUCUUCACCUGAAGUGUUGGCACGACCGCCUGUGGUACGAGCACCUGCGGUUGCGGGAACAGGGGAAGCAGAAGCGUCAUCCACAGCAGUGGCAGUGGCAGUGGCAACAGCAGGAACGGAUUCCGAAUCUUGGUCGGAAAUUGCGUUGACAGCAGAGAAUGACACGAGUUUGGGUGACUCGAGGAGGAGGGAGGAGCUGCAGCGGUUUCUAGGGGUGACAGAUGAGGAGGAAGAUUCAGGGUUGAAAGAGGGGAGGGUUGAUUGGGAGUUGGCGUUGGGAGGAAGGGAGAGCAGCGGAGGGGACAGAUUGUGUGUCAGAAUAGAGGUUUAA